ACAUUGCUAUAUAAGAAUGGAUUUUCAUACACGGUCGGUUGUUUCCGAUCCGACGCUCGUAAGUGGAGACGUAGCGUGACGUCACAGACACAGGGACGUUUUUGUGUUAACUGGUUUAGUGUUGUGUUAAGUGCGACUGCGUGUUAAUAUAUAAUUAUGAAGCCACUACUAAAGACAGUGGCGGCGAUAUGCCUCCUGCUGAUCGUUCACGCACUCCCCGAAAACAUAGAAGAUGUUAAGGAACUACCCCAAUCCAAAGAACCAAUUGUCGAAGCUGAAGCAUCCGAGCCCCAAGCGAGGGUUGAGCGCUGCACAACUUGUGCCUCUGGAAACUUCAAAUCGCCUCAAGCGCUUCUCGCUGAACUUCAAGCCCUACCAGGCUCAGAAGUCCAUACGCAACAGUCUUUUGAAGGAUGUUCAUCAGACAAGGGUUGUGCUGGUCUGAAGCUUAAAGACGGCAAAGUUAUUGAAAGAUACGGUAACGCAGAUGCCUAUAACGCGGCCGCCGCUGCGGAUAUUAACAAUGAGUUCCACUUUCACUCGGGUUUUGGAAAAAACGUCUUUGAAGGUGGCUUACCAGGCAACGGUCCUUUCUGGUGGAUGAACCAGGACUCGCCAUUUAAAGCUGGCGCUGGUAGCAGCGGUAACUAUGAGAAAUACAGCAAAUCAUCCAGCUCUAGCUAUUCAAGCAGCGGUUCAAACGGUGGUGCAAGCGGAAUUGGUGCGGUUGGCGGACUUGACUUAGCAGGCAACCCAUUCUUAAACGGUGAUCUCGCAAGUUUGGGUGCAGGACAAAACAUUGGAGGCAUUAAGCCCUCUAACUUCCAGUCUUCGUCUUACGACUCCUCAUCCUACAGCUCCUCCAACAAAGGAGAGGUUGAUUUAUCGAAAAAUCCAUUCCUGAACGGCGGUUUUAAAGCUGACCAAGCUGGAUCUGGAUUUGGAUUUGGAUCCAACGGAGCAGCCGGUUCAAACUUUGAUGCAGCAUCAAAUUCUCAAAGCCAAUAUAACGCCAAUAGUGCCAAUUCUCAAAGCUUCGGCAGUUCCUACGGCGGAGGCUUCGCAUCAGGAAACAAGGUUUCUACUGGUUACACCGGUUCUUCCCCUACACCAUUCGCGACCCCUGUAUCUAACAUCAACCUGAUUCAGAGUGACAAAACCAAUGAAUUCGACUACGAACAGCAACAGCAAACACAACAGAACUUCGACAAUGUCUUCCAGAGUUCUGGAAGCGUUGGAAUUGACACGUCCGGAGGUGAUUUACAGCAGACCUGUGCAACUGAAGGUUACUCCUGUGUAAUCAAAUCCCAGUGCAGCAACGGUGUGGCAUAUCUUCGAAUCAAUCCUAGGAAACAAUUCUGCAACGUCCGCACUGAAAUCUGCUGCAAGGUAGAAAUAUUCCAAGCUACUAACCAAGGAGCAAUCGGAGUUGGAUCAACGCUUAACCAGGGUUCAUCUUACGCUGGUUCAACCUUCGGAGUUCAAGGACAAUCAACUCAAACUGGACUUGGAAGCAGUGUUGGCUUGGGAACAACUGGCUCUUCAUCUUAUGGAGCCAAAGGCACUUAUGGAUCUCAGAGUGGUACUAGCCCAUUUGGAUCAAGCAUUGGAUCUAUAAACAGAGGAACAGUCGGGUCUACAGGUUAUGGUUCAACCAUCGCGCCAUCAACCCAAAAAUUCGGAGCCACGAAUGGUUUUAAAACGACUGGACAAACCAAUUUCUUUGAACCUGACUCUUUAUCAGCUGGUAGCAUAAACGCAGGUGUAUAUCGUCCUGGUGCUAUUGGAUCCAACUUGAAACCUGGUAUACCAUAUCUGCCCCCAGUAGACAACGCAAAGAGUGAUACUAACAUCAUUAGCUCAACAGUCUACCCGACCCCCACCUUCGUAACUACUCCCAGACCUGUCAGACCUAUCACUGCUAAGCCUACCUACCUACCCCCUCCUGUAUCAUCUACUUCUGCUCCUGGAUACCUCCCUCCCAUUGGAGAACCAACAAUCAACAGGGAGACGAUAGUUCCUCCUAACCCAACAUACAACGAAGGGUCUCUGUACUUGGACCAAAACAGACAACCAGUAAGACCGACUCCCAUCCCAAGUGAUAUCCCAGUAGGCUGUGCUGCAGCGCUGAAAUGUACUCCGAUCGAAUUCUGUACCGCUGAGGGCGUUAUCUCCAACACAUCUGUCAUCUUGACGAGAGAUCAAGAUGCGUACAGAGUACCUCUUACUGACUGCAAAGACAUCGAAACUGGUCGUGUUGGCAAAUGCUGUCGUGAUCCCUACUACACCGACCCAUGGCCGACCAACCAGCUCGGCAAGUGGGUGCCCGGCGUCUUCGGUGGUAACGAUGGCAAAUACGUUCCAGACAGUCGUGGUAGCUCGAACAACAUCAGACCAACAGUCACCGCCAGACCUCCAGUCACUGGAUCCGUUAUCUUGAACAAUUUCUUAUCAACAAAACCACCCGGUACACCAUUCGGAUCAAACCGAAUUACCCCAGGCUACCCUUCAUCCACCGCAACUCCCUUCGUCCAAAAGGGACAGUUCGGUCAAGGAGGACAGGGUCAAUACAGCGUCGGAGGUCAAGUUCAAUACAGUCAAGCAGGUCAGGGACAACGUGGCAUUAUUGGACAAGGUCAAAUCGGAUCAGGCUCUCAAGUGAACACAGCUUUCUCUCAAGGACAAUACGGCCAGAAAGGUCAAGGACAGAUCAUAACCCAGGGUAGAGGACAAGUGAUCAAGCAAGGACAAGGUCAGUUCGUAUCCCAAGGACAAGGACAAUACUCUCAGGGAGCUAAAGGACAGUUCGGUGUUGUUGGACAGGGCGUGCAAACACAAUUCGGAGUUGGCCAGAAAGGUAUUCAAGGACAAGGCAUCGGUGUGAUCGAAGGUCAAGGAAUCGCCAUCAAAAAGGGUCAAGGGCAAUACGCUUCUCAAGGACAGGGACAGAUAAUCACUCAGGGACAAGGAACAGCUGUAUCCCAAGGUUUCGGUACUGGAAUCCGUCAAGGACAAGGACAAAUAGCCACUCAAGUCCAAGGAGCAGCUGUAUCCCAAGGGUUCGGUACUGGAAUCAGACAAGGACAGGGACAAUACGCGUGUCAAGGACAGGGUGCAAUCGUUUCACAAGGUUUUGGAGAAGGAGUACGUCAAGGACAGGGCGCAAUCGUUUCACAAGGAUUCGGAGAGGGUGUUCGUCAAGGGCAAGGCCAAUACGUAUCCCAAGGAGAAGGUCAAUUAGUAUCCCAAGGUCAGGGCCAAUACCUGUCCCAAGGGCAGGGACAGCUCGUGACUAGAGGACAAGGACUCCUCGUAUCACAAGGUUUUGGACAAAACAUCCGUCAGGGUCAAGGUUUCUCUGUGUCCCAGGGAAGUGGAAUCGGUGUUGAGAAUGAGUACGGGGAAUCCGUGCAGAGAGUAUUCCUGCAACAAUACAAUGGCGGCGGAAAGUGCGGACUUUUGAACGGUCAAAAGCCAAACGGCAACCGCAAUAAUCUGGAAGUAGACUUCGCGGAAAUUCCUUGGCAAGCGAUGGUGUUGCUCCAAACCAACAAGAGUCUUCUCUGCGGUGGUGUGAUCACCAGACCUGAUGUCGUUGUUACAUCAGCGGCUUGUGUUGAUGGCUUGGACGCCAAGAACGUGCUGAUCAAGGGCGGAGAAUGGAAACUUGGAAUCGACGACGAACCUCUUCCCUUCCAAAUCGUCCAGGUUAAGACAAUCUUGCGUCACCCCUUCUACAAAAGCGGAAGUGCCCACUACGAUGCAGCAAUCUUAGUACUCACUGAGAAUUUACGAUUCGCCAAGAAUAUCUACCCCAUAUGCUUACCUGGUGCUGAUGAGACUUUAGACCAGUACUACAAUGGGGCUGGACAGUGCAUUGUUACUGGAUGGGGCAAACAAGUGUUACAAGCUCACCUCUCCGGCAGCAUCAUGCACAGCCUGAACGUGUCUCUGGUCACCCCUGGAGAAUGCCAGGCUAAGCUGAGCUCGGACUACCCGCAUCUCCUGGACCAGUAUGAUGAAGACAGCUGCGUUUGUGGACAACCCUCAAACCCAUCGAAUAACAUCUGCAAGGUGGAUAUCGGCAGUGCGCUCGCAUGUACGACCGGAGAUGGACACUACGUGUUCAGAGGCGUUUACUCCUGGGACUCAGGUUGUCAAACCGGUAACCAACUCGCAGCGUUCUACAGAUUCGACCUUGAGUGGUACCAAUGGGCUAUUGGGCUGAUUGAAAGUGUUAGAUUCGCUCAAUUUAGUACCGUAACCAAAGUGACAUCGGGUCGAUACUCUGGUGGUGUGAAAGGCUUCAACAGCGCGAAGGGCACCCAAUACAGCGGUGUUAAGGGCUCAAUUAACUCUGGAGACAGUGCUAAUGGAUUCGGCGUUGCCAAGGGUCAAUUCGGAUUCGGCCAAGGUUUAGUCAGUCAAGGUCAGUUCAAGCAAGUCAAACAGUUCUCGGAGAAAGUAUCCUCGAGUGGUUCCCAAAGCGGUUUUGGAUCCGGUUUUAAUUUCGCUGAGAUCAAGCCUAUAACAAAUGGCUUCAGCGCGACUUACUCAGAGAAGAAAGUAUUCCAGAGCGAACCGAAGAUAAUAACGUACACAACUAAACCUGAAAUCGUGACGUACACAACGAAACCGGAAAUCGUGACGUACACAACGAAACCGGAAAUCGUCACCUUUACGACGAAACCCGAAAUAUUCACUUACACGACGAAACCGAAAAUCAUAACAUAUACGACGAAACCGAAAAUCGUAACGUAUACGACGAAACCGCAAAUAAUAACUUACACGACAAAACCACAGAUUAUAAGCUACGAGACAUCAGGAAGCCGCACCAACCCACAGUACAUUGCCCCCGGUGUAACAUUUAACCCCUCUUUCUCAGAAUUAGUCGGUAAACACGAACACUCCGCCAAAUGCAAGUGCUUAGAGGGCAAGAAGUAAGGUAACAUUGGAAUCACAAUUUAAGUCUAAGUGCCAUAACAUUCUGUAUUAAAAAAAAAACAUUAAAAAUAAAUCAUUUUGACAGUACAAAAAACAAACAUCAGUUCCUAGAAAGAGUUACCCGAAAA